AUGCGGUGUUUGAAUUCAAAGUGCUGGCAGAGCGUGCUGGCUUGGCUUUUAUUUUCUACGAGUUCUCUCUCUGCAGCAGAAUGGGAACUCACGCUUCUUCACACCAACGACGUCCAUGCGCGAGUGGACCAGACCAGCAAGGAUUCGAGUAAAUGCACCGAACCCUCCUCAUGUUUCGCUGGAGUGGCAAGGAGAUAUACUAAGAUAGAAGAGAUUCGUAACAGAGAGAAAAAUGUGCUGCUGUUGGAUGCGGGAGAUCAAUUUCAGGGUACCGUUUGGUUCAACCAUUACAAGGGUGCUGAGGCAGCAUACUUCAUGAACAAACUGGGGUACGAUGCAAUGGCCUUAGGGAACCACGAGUUUGACAAUGGGGUGGAAGGACUCAUUAAGCCUUUCCUGCAGGAAGUUAACUUCACAGUUCUCAGUGCUAAUAUAAAGGCAGAUCAAACAAUAGCACCACAAAUAAGUGGAUACUAUUUACCUUAUAAGAUAUUUAAUGUUAACUCUGAAAAAGUGGCUGUGAUUGGAUACACAUCAGCUGAAACACCUGCACUGUCACUUCCAGGUCCACAUUUGAAAUUUGACGAUGAGGUCAGUGCCUUGCAGAAGCAGGUUGAUAAAAUCCUCACAUUGGGCGUCAAUAAGAUCAUUGCCCUUGGUCACUCUGGAUUCACUGUUGACAAAGAAAUUGCUGCAAAGGUGAAGGGUGUGGAUGUGGUCAUUGGUGGACAUACCAAUACAUUUCUGUACACAGGGGACCCUCCAUCCUCUGAGGUUCCUGCAGGACCUUACCCUUUCAUUGUUACAGCAAAUGAUGGGACAAAGGUUCCUGUAGUCCAGGCCUAUGCUUUUGGGAAAUACUUGGGCUAUCUUAAAGUGACCUUUGAUGACAAUGGCAAUGUGCUUAGGUCAACUGGCAAUCCAAUCCUCCUAGAUAGUUCCAUCAAAGAGGAUCAAUUCAUCCGAGCUGAUGUUGAUUCCUGGAACCAAAACCUGGCUAAUUACACCACUCAGUAUGUAGGACAGACUCUGGUCUAUCUUAACGGAACCUUUGAGGAGUGUCGAUUUCGAGAGUGUAACCUGGGAAACUUAAUCUGUGAUGCCAUGGUCCACAACAAUAUAAAGUAUGCAGAUGAAUUCCAGUGGAACCAUGUUAGCUCCUGUAUUACUAAUGGCGGAAGUAUCCGGUCAUCUAUAGAUGAGAAAAGUCGGAAUGGCUCCAUCACCAUGGAAGACAUCCUCACUGUCUUACCAUUUGGAGGCACUUUUGAUUUGAUUCAGCUGAAAGGAUCCACCCUCAAAAAGGCCUUUGAGCACUCUGUACGACGAUAUGGACAGAACACUGGAGAGUUUCUGCAAGUGUCAGGAUUCCAUGUAGAGAUCGACGUGUCAAGGCCUUCUGGUAAUCGUGUGAAGAGCAUUAGUGUACUCUGUACGGAGUGCAGAGUACCUCACUAUGAGCCACUGAAUUCAACUAAACUUUACAAGAUUGUGUUGCCUUCUUAUCUGGCACAGGGUGGGGAUGGGUAUUCCAUGAUUAAGGAUGAGAAACUGAAGCAUGACAGCGGUGAUAUGGACAUAGCUGUAGUUUCAAACUACAUCCAAGAGAGGAAGAAGGUGCAUCCAGCUGUGGAGGGCCGUAUCUUGAUCUCCAACCGUGCUGCUAGAGGGACAGGACACACGUCUGCCUUCCUACUUUUUGGGCUGUUCUGGGCUCUGUCAACCAUUUCAUGA